UUAGACUUCUAAAUACAGAGAUAAAAACUGCAAUGUGUCUCUAUAAUAAUCUCUUUUCUUGAUCUGUUAUAAGACAGAUAUAGUUAAUUUUAACGUCACUCUAUGUUGACGGAAUCAAGAAAAAUGUUUAUAAUUUCAUUGCUAGCUCUAGGCGUAUUAGCGGGAAUAUCUGAUGGCCAGCCAGUAAGCAAUUGCACCGAUCUUGAUACCAACGCCUGCAUACUGUUCCAUAAAGCAAAACCUAACUUGUGCUCGAUCCAAACUUACUCAGCUGACUCAUGCAAGAGAUUCUGUGGCAACUGUCCUCUACAAUGUUAUAUGUGUCCAACACCUGUUCUUGAUCCUAACGACUGUAAUACGACAACAUCUUGUGCCACUGGAGAGAAAUGUUUGACAAAACAUUUGAUGGCACCAGAUGGACACCACGAGUACAUCAUGACGUGUGGAUCUGCGGAUAUUUGUCAAGGAACUUCACUAGGAUUUCAAAGUAGUGUUAUCGGCAAACGAGCGAUGGCUGAUGAACCUGAUAACAAUUCACAUCAACGAUAUGAACGGGACAUAUUAAUAUCUUGUUGCGAUACUGAUUUCUGCAACAUGCCGACGACGGCAACAACAUAUAUCCCAACUCCGCCCGCAUCUAGCAUGCCGACGACGCCAACAACAUAUCUAACUCCGCCCGGAUCUCUCCCUAAUGGUUGUAAUCGUGACAUUGUGUUUGUUUUGGAUUCCUCCGGCAGCGUUGGUUCCUCGAACUUCGGGCGUGUCCUUAACUUCGUGAAGGAUAUCGUGCGCCAACUUAAUAUUGGACCAACAAAGGCACAAGUCGCCAUGGCUACAUUCAGCUCUCAAACAACUGUAAACUGGUAUCUGAACAGACAUACGUCUAAACAGGACUUGUUAACUGCAGUGGGCAAUGUCUCAUACCAUUCGGGCGGAACACAAACAAGCAAUGCGCUGAAAACUAUACGCGAAAAAGUAUUCACUCAGGCGCAUGGGGACAGGCAAUUGGCUAAGAAUUUGUCAUUGUUCUAACUGAUGGCAGGUCAAACAAUAGACUUGAAACAAUCAAAGAGGCCCAGACACUACAUUUGAUCAGCGACGACGUCAUAAGUAUUGGCAUUGGAUCAGGUAUCGAUAUGAAGGAGAUUCAAACCAUUGCCACAGACAAUCAUCACGUGUUCGACCUGCAUAGCUACAGCGCCUUGCAUACCAUAUCCAGUGACCUGAUGCGGAUCAUUUGUAAUGCUUGAAAUGGUGUUACUCUGAUAACCGACCGUACUACACGAUAGAAAAAUAUUAUAUUACUUAUACUCUUUAUCUUAAAAAUGUGAAUGAUAAAAAUUUUCAAAGUUCCAAUUUCAUAUGAUCCGAUGCUAUAUAACCAAAUACUUUUGCAGUUUGAAAGUCGUUUUUUUUGUGUUUAACAUCAGUCUAUGCGGUGCAGGUGCUAGUUUCCUUACAGGGUUUUGCCAUUUAAAAUUGAAAUUUAAAUAAAUGAUAAUUGGAAAGUUA